AUGGCGGGUCGUGAAAGGAGGAUUGGCAGUUUAGGCGAGAACGACAGUGGAGUUCUGCUUCCACUUUAUGAAGGCGAAUUGAAUGACCUUCAACGAGACAUAGGACCCAACUUAUCAAAAACGAAUGAGAUUGUAUUUCUCCAUGCUGCACUCCAGCUUCGGAGCUACUACCUCUUAGAACGUUCACCAAAAACUGCGCUCAAAGAAGGCAUAUUGAAAGCAUAUCGAGCGGCACUAAGUCUCAUCGAGAAGUGCCAACAAGAAGAGACGGAGUCAAAGCUACUCACAUGUGGACCUUUCUUGUUCCAAAGGGGUCUCUGUGUUGCUUGUACGUUUGGGUUGAAAGUCCUUCGGAGUGAAUAUGCACAGCUGGUUGAUGCGGAAGAAGGGCGCAAGGCGUCCAACCUCGGUCUUCUCUCUGAUGCGUAA